AUGUCUGAUCAGAGUGAUAGCCAAAACAAGUCAGAAGAGCAGGUGAACAUGAGUGAGGGCACUAGUCCCUCUAGCAGCUAUGAUGAGGGUAGCAGGAGCACCCCAAGCAACUUGCCCAAAGCAGCUACAAGGACAAGGAGGAAGAGAAACUCUGACUCAGAAGAUGAGGAUUAUGUUGCUGCUGAGGAAGAAGUCGACUCCAAGAAGAAGGUGCUGAAAAAGGAAUAUGCUGCUACUGCUGCUGCAACUAAGCCAGGACUACACAAGAAGGAACCUGCCAAGAGAGUGCCCAUGUCUAAGGCCAGAGCCUCCACCCUUGGUACUUCCAAAUCAACUGGUGGAGAGGCUGCUGGUGAGGGCAAGAAGAAGCGGGGAAGGAAGAGAGGAAGAUGGUGCAAGAAAGUAGAUCCCAUGGCAGAAUUUGAGAGACACUCAUAUGAUGAAGAUGAAGAAGAAGAGGAAGAGGAUGUUGCACCAGAAUCAAAGUCUCAAAAGCUGAUGGGGGAUGCCAUCAAGUCUGGGGCUACCCCUUAUAAGCCCAAGACAGCCCCCAAAGCUUCUGCUCCAGCUCAAAAGACUGCACCAAAGAGGAGCACAAGAAAUAUUCCAGCUGCUGAGAAGAACAAGGCCCGAGUGCCUGAAACUGAGAUUGAUGAAGAAGAUGCUGAAGCCCAAGUGCUUAGAAAACUCAAACCCAAGAUUCCAGACUAUGAUGACAAUCAUCCAGUGGCAGAAAACAUGAAGAUCAGAAAAGAUGCAGGUCUCAGAUUAUGGAGACAAUCUGAUCCAUAUGAUGUGAGGAGAAGGACUGCUGUGGAUUACAGGUUUCACACCAAAGAGCAGCAGGAUUUCUAUGAGACCAUCUUGCUUGAUAAGAAGCCAAUUGUUUGUGAUAUGAAGUGA